AUGGCCUCCUCGUUCCCUCCUCCUCCUCCCUCAAAGUCGUUGUCCUCGUCGUUGCCCCAAAAAGAUGACGACAGUACCACCAAUAAAACGUUUUAUUCCUUCCCGUAUUCCCCUCCGUACGAGCAACAAAUCCAAUUCAUGUCGAAAGCGUACGAGUGCUGCCGGAACGGAAUUCCAAUCGGCGCGUUCGAGUCACCCACGGGGACGGGGAAAACCUUGUCGAUUUUAUGCUCCGCGUUGACGUGGAUGGAAGAUCGGAACAGGCUUUUACGCGCGGGGAAAGUGGAGGAGGCGGACGGGAGAGUGAACGAGAGAUUGGUAUCAUCGAAAGAAGGUGUCGAAGGUGAAGAGACUCCUCAAGUUUUAGGGGAGGAGGAGGAACCGGAUUGGAUGAAAAAUUUCAUCGACGAGAAGGAAUCGAAAGAGGCGAUGAACACGUUCGAGAAACGGAUGAAGAAACGAGAGGAGACUAUGAAGCGGAUAAAAUUAAGAGAGCAGAGAAAGUUGACCAGAUUAUCCGGGGAAGGAAGAGGAAUGGAAGAAGAGGAAGAGAAGAGGAGGACGACGACGGUGAAGUAUCGAAGCGAGAAGAAGCAAAAGAGGGAUCAUUUGAGAGAACAUUUGUUUAGCGAUGCUGGGAGUACUAACGAGGAAAGAAAGAGUAAUGGGAAAGAAGAGACGGAAGAAGAAGAGCGGCAUAAAGACCCCGAGCAGUAUAAAUUAUACGAAGAAUUGGAGUUUUUACCGUCCGAUGUGGAGAACGAGGAUGCGGAGAAGGACGAUUUGGACGUGUUUUCGUCGGACGACGAGAACGAUAAGGAUUCAGAUUCAGAUUCGGAGAGCAUGUUGCCGAUAACGAGGAUUAUUUUUUGCUCGAGAACGCACUCGCAGUUAUCGCAGUGUGUGUCGGAGCUGAAGAGGACGCGGUUUCGGGAGAGCGUUUCGUCCGCGGCGAUCGCGUCGAGGAAACAGUUGUGCGUGAAUCCGAAAGUGAACAACGGAUUGAUGUCUGCGCAAAGGAUAAACGAGACGUGUUUGGAUUUACGAAAAUCAUCAGCGAGUACUUCGGCGUCGACUACGAAAGAUAAAGAGAAGAAGAAGAAGAAGAAGGGAGAGAAGAAGGAAAAAGGGUGUCCAUACUUGGUGUCGCGGUCGAAAGCUAUGCGGGCGUUGGCCGAUCGCGCGUUAGUCCAGCCGCUCGAUAUAGAGGAAUUAUCUUCCAUGGCAACAAAAACGAAAUCGUGUGCGUACUACGCUGCAAGGCAAGCGUCGAAAAAUGCGGAUAUUAUAUUCAUGCCGUACGCGAGUCUUCUCGCGCCGGACACUCGAGACGCCUUAGGUAUUGAGUUAGAUCCGAAGAACACGGUGGUCAUUUUCGACGAGGCGCAUAACGUAGCCGAUGCCGUGAGAAGCUCAUCGAGCGCUUCGAUGACGAGACGAGAUGUGAAUCGUGCGAUUAGUAUGAUUGAAAACUACAUCGAUCGUUUCAAAGAGCGCUUGACGGCUGAUAAUUUACGCGUUUUGAAGGUUCUUUUGAGCGUGGCGAAAAGAUUGGUGUCCGUUCUCACAAUGAGUUCGACAGAGAAAGAAAAGAAGACGAAUCGUAAAAAACUCUCGUCUUUGAACGAUUUCUUGUUCAGCGCGAAACUGGACGACGUGAACGUGUUUGAACUGGUUCGUUUCUUGAAGCAAACGAAAAUUGCGCAGAAAAUUGCCGGAUACGGCGAAUACGUCGAGCAAAUAAAGGAAAACGGCGUCGACGCCUAUGGCACGAUUGGUUCUGACGAUCGUGAUUGGAGCGGCGCUUGGGAAGGUGCAAAGACGGUCAUCACGGAUGUGCGAAUGGAAACGCUCGAUACCGACGCAGGUUUGGAAGCAAGAGUUGUUACAACAAAGAAGAAUCAACACAGCGCAAACGUAGCCUCCGUUCACGCUAUCGCAAAUUUUAUCCACGCGUUAGGAUCGGAAGAUGCCGAUGGGCGCGUAUUGGUCGAGAAAAUGUACGGAACCGAAGAGGAAGAAAGUAGCGUCAAGUUUGUAUUACUCGAUGUCGCGUCGCGGUUCCGGGAGGAUAUCGUGAAGAAGUGCCGAGCAACGCUUCUUGUCGGCGGUACGUUAGCGCCGUUUGAAGAGUUGUUGACGCAACUCGUCGGGUAUAAGGAAAGUGGUAUUCUAUCAUCGAAUGAUGCAGAUAUUACAUCUUCUUCGUCGCCUCUCUCUCCGUUAUCUCCGAAACCGAUGUUGUUUUCUUGCGAUCACGUGGUGGAUAAGUCGAACGUGCUCCCUCUUGCAAUCGCAAAAGGACCGUCCGGGAAGACGUUUGAUUUCACCUCAAAAAAUUUGAAGCUUUGCGAAAACGAUUUACUCGACGAUCUCGGUCGAUGCGUAUUGAACCUCUCGAAAGUGUGCGUGAAAACAGGUGGUGUUAUCGUGUUCUUUCCAAGUUUCUCGUUGAUGGAUCGAUGUUUUCAGAGAUGGCAGAGUAAUAGCAACAACGCGAAUACUGCCGACGCUUCUUCGAUGUUGCAAAUGAUGCGCAAAGUCGGGAAAACUGUGUUGAAGGAACCUCGCGAUAACGCGCAACUCGAACGCACGUUAUUUCAGUUUUCGAGCGCGUGCGGAGGAGAAAAUCCUACGUACGAGCUCGCCUCGAAGACGGGCGCUAUCUUAUUAUGCGUCGUCAACGGAAAGCUCUCGGAAGGCAUAAACUUCAAAGACAAUCUCGGACGCAUGGUGAUCGUAGUCGGUUUACCGUUUGCCAACGUGAAGGACGAAGAGUUGAGCGCUAGGAUGGAGUACCUGGAUAUUCAACAAAAGCAAGCCGCCAACAAUUCUUCUUCUUCAUUGACGGCUGGUCGAGCGUAUUACGAAGCCUUGUGCGCCCGGGGCGUGAACCAAAGCGUCGGUCGCGCCAUUCGUCACAAGGACGAUUACGCGACUAUGAUUUUCUUGGAUCAAAGAUGGUGCGAGAAGGAUAAGAGAAAUACGACGACGACAACACAGAAUACAGCGUUAGGAAAAUAUCAACAAACUCUUCCCGGGUGGAUUUCGAGAGAAUUAAAAGUUGUGGAUGGAAAUUUCGGUGAGGCGGUUAGACACGUCGCGCAGUUCUUCAAAGCGAAAUGUAAAGUAAGUAGAGGCCCAUAA